AUGGAAACUUUGAUAUGGCCCAAGAUCAGCUUGCUGGUUCUUGUGUUGUGCAUAUUGGUUUCUUUCGAUAACCACAAACACACUAACAACACCAACACAACCAUUUCCGUUCCGUUAGUCUCUUUAUCCGUCAAGAACGAGAACUAUGAUUCUUCUUCUUCUUCUUCUUCUUCUUCUUCUUCUUCUUCUUCUUCUUCUCACUCACUCCUUGAAUAUGAUUUCUACCGCGAUUCCUGCCCCCAGGCAGAGCGCAUUGUUCGCACAACAACUCACCAUCUCUACCAAGCCACACCCAAUUUGGUUCCUGCUAUCAUUCGUCUUGCUUUCCAUGAUUGCUUUAUUCAGGGAUGUGAUGCUUCUGUUUUGUUAGAUGAUGAUGAUUUCAUUGACUCAGAGAAGGAGGCUCCUCCCAAUGGAAGUCUCAGAGGUUUUGAUGUAAUCGAGAUCAUCAAAUCCAAACUUGAAGAAGCAUGCCCUGGGGUUGUUUCUUGUGCUGAUAUUCUUGUAUUGGCAGCAAGAGACUCCGUGGUUCUGGCUGGUGGUCCAUUCUAUCCGUUACAUACAGGAAGGAGAGAUGGUUCUAACUCCUUCGCUGACAUUGCAACAUACGAGCUUCCUUCACCCUAUGGUGAUUUAUCACAAACCCUUGCUUCCUUCAAAACAAGGGGGUUUGAUGAAAGAGAGAUGGUCACUCUCCUAGGUGCCCAUAGCAUUGGUGUAAUCCACUGCAAAUUCUUCCAAGACCGCCUCUAUAACUUCAAUGGAACUAAUGAACCUGACCCCACUAUAGAUAUUGAAUUUCUAAACCUACUAAGAUCAAGAUGCAAUUACUCAAAUGCAUCUUCCUCUUCAGUAUCAGGAUACAAAUCCCAUGGCUCACCUUCAUCACAAGCAUUUAACGCAACUCCGCUUAAAGGCUUACCUUCUUCCUUAGUUGAAGAACCUGGAAUGGCUAUGGAGUUUGAGCAACAUGGAUCAGAUUUUGGGACGUUAUACUACCGCAGCCUAUUGCAAAGUAGAGGAAUCCUCUAUGCUGAUCAGCAACUAAUGGAAGGGGAAAUAACCAAGAAUUGGGUUGAAGCAUAUGCAUUCAAUCCUACUUUGUUCCAUCAAGAUUUUGCCCUGGCAAUGAUGAAACUCUCAGAUAUCCGGGUCUUGACCUUGCCUAUGGGACAGAUUCGGCUAAAUUGUUCAAAGGUUGCGUGA